AUGGAAGAUAGUUUGUUGGAGUAUCCUGUUCCUUCUAUAAUAGAUCGUAGAGUAGAACGUCAUAAGCAACGUCGUGCCAUAUAUGAGAGAGCUGGCCGCCUACCAAAACCUAGUCUUUCUGCACUUAGUUCCGGUAGUUCUAAUAGCAGUAGUUCUAGUAGUUCCAGUAGUUCAAACGGGUCUAAUAGUUCUAAUAAAAA